AUGGUCCGACUCUCCAUCGCCGCGGUUAUCUUCGCCGCCAUCACUUCCGUCGCCGCUGAUGGAUGGUGCCAAUGCCUCUACGCGGAUGGCUCCCACUGCUGCGUUACUCAAUACGGCAUCAGGAAGGACUGCGUGGCCCGAUGCAUCGACAACGGAAACUCGGACAACAAGUGCAACGCUGGUGGCAAGUACUCGGACGUUAGCUCGUGGAACGCUUCGUGGCGCCGCUCCUGCACGGAUUGGACCAUUGGAAACGCGAAGUAG